UUCUUUAAUCACCUGUGGAUUGUUGUUAGAUUGAUAUAUUUUUAUCACUUAGAUAAAAAUGCAUAUUACCAACAAGUAAAAAAUAAAAAAAACCAGAAAACAUACAUUAUAAAAAAAAAACAAAUAUUGUUUUUUAUAUUCAACAAUAUAAUAAACAUCAGUACAUCACCCAACUGAACUGAAUCAACUUUUAUCUUCACUCUGAAUAGUUUUCUUUGCUUGGAAAUUUAUUAUACGGGUAUCGAAAAAAUAUAUCAACAUUGUUUAGUGACGUGUCACUUUAAUUUACAAUGAUACUAUAAUUUUUUAUAAAUUUAUUUGACAUUUACAUACGUUUUUUAUUUUUUUUUUUUUAUCACAUGGUGAAGAGAAGAGUGUAUGAUUUUUAAAAAUAUAAAAUAGAAGCAUUUUGUUGACACAAUCAGUAGUAACGAUCUGAUUUAAAUUUUAAUUUGAAUAUUCUGUUUCUCUGGAGUAACUUUUAUGACUUUCUACGAUUAAAUAUUUAAUUAAAAUUUUAACUAAAUAGCUGAUAUAAAAAUAGAGAAAAGACCAAGAUGAUUGAGGAAAAUAAAAAAGUUGAAAUGAAAAGAGAAAUUGGAUUAUUCAGUGCUGUCAAUGUUAUUACAGCUGUUAUGAUUGGAUCUGGAAUAUUUGUCUCACCAACAACAGCUUUAAAAGAAUCUGGAUCAAUUGGAAGUUGUUUAAUAAUAUGGGCAGCAUGUGGGUUUUUAUCUUUCCUUGGUGCACUGGCAUUUGCUGAAUUAAGCACAGUAGUACCACGAAGUGGAGCUGAAUAUGCCUACUUAAUUGAAGCAUUUGGUCCUCUUCAUAAAUAUACAGGAAGACUACCAGCUUUUAUUUGUUCAUGGAUUUGUGUUUUUUUACUUCGUCCUGCUGAAGUUGCAGUGAUAAUUCUCACAUUUUCAGAGUAUUUUAUACAACCAUUACUCACUUUUAUGCCAGAUAUAUGCCCAGAAUCAUUAGAAGAUUUAAGAAAAAUUAUAGGCUUACUUGCACUUGGCUUGAUAACAUUUAUCAAUAUGACGAGUGUCAAGCUUUUUGUUAAAGUACAAAAUAUUUUUGGAAUUUGCAAAGUUGGAGCAUGUUUGAUUGUUAUUGGUGGAGGAAUCUCAUGGUUAGUGAGUGGAAAAACAGAAUUACUAGCUGAUCCUUUUAAAGGAACAUCAACAUCACCAGGAAAUAUUGCACUUGCAUUUUACUCAGGGCUAUGGGCAUAUGAUGGUUGGACAUCAGCAACAAUUGUUACUGAAGAAGUUAAAAAACCUGAAGUUAAUAUUCUUCGAAGUAUUUUAAUUGCUGUUCCAAUCAUCACAGUCCUCUAUGUAUCAAUGAAUCUAGCUUAUAUGUCAGUCUUGACACGUGAUGAAAUGAUUGUCUCUGAAGCUGUGGCUGUUGACUGGGCAAAGAAAGUUCUACCACCUUGGAUAGCUAUAUUAAUUCCAAUUGGUGUUGCUAUAUCAACAUUUGGAUGUGCACUUAGUGUACAAUUUGGAAUUUCACGUUUGUGUCAUGUUGCAGGACAAGAAGGACACGUACCUUUGGCUUUUAGUUUUGUUCAUAUAACAAGAAUGACACCAGCUGUAUCAGUUAUUCUUCAAGGACUUAUUUCUUUUAUUUGUAUUCUUGUUGGAAACGUUCAUGCACUCAUUGAAUUUGCCAGCUUUUUAACUUGGGUAUUUUAUGGUCUUGCUAUGGUUGCACUUUUAAUUAUGCGAAAAACAAAGCCUGAUGCACCAAGACCAUACAAAGUUCCAAUUUUUAUUCCUUGGCUCGUAUUAUUUAUUGCUAUAUUCCUUGCAGUAACACCAAUAAUUCAUGAGCCUUCUUUAAAAUAUUUUUUUGCUCUAAUUUUUAUUAUUAUUGGAGUUGGAGUCUAUCAUUUAUUUGUCUACAACCAAAGGUGUAGCAAAUUAUCUCGAAAAUUUACAUAUUUUAUUCAAGUGCUGUGUCAAGUUGCACCAUCAGAAAUUCAUUCAGACUAAGUAUAAAAUUUUUUUUUUAUACAAUUAAUUCAUAAAUGCUCAAUGAAAAAAUAUAUGAAACUCGUAAUUUUAUUAAUUAUUUUCAAGUACAAGCUUACAUUUUUAAACUCUCAGGAAUAGACUAUAUAUUUAUAUAAAUAAAAUAUGUAUAUAAUAAUUUAAAUAAUUGUUAAAUAAACUAAAUUUUUAUUUCAUCAAAAUUAUUAUAAAUUUCGAUAAUAAUUUGCAAUAUAUUUAAUAAAUUUUUUUUGUCGUUUUAAAAUAAUAUAAAUAAAAAUUUGUUUAUAUGUGUAUAUAUAAUUUUAAUUUUAUGAUUAGCUUGCUAUUUUAUUUUUGAAUACGCACACAAGCAAAAUUUUAUAAGUUUAAGCUGUCGAAAUUAGAUACAGAAAAUAAAAUUAAAAAAAAUUUGAGUCAUUUAGUUGUGUGUGGGGGUUCCAACAAAAGUCGUGUCAUUUUGUUAUCGGUCUCAACUGAUUGUCUGAUGUGAUUUACCUACAAUAACAAUAAGCUAAUGUUGUCGAGACCGGAGAGAGUCUAAUAGUCAAAUAAAAUC